AUGAUCCACGAACGCAAGGGCGUGCAGUUGUGCGAAGACCGCCAGAAGGGCGGCCUCACGUACUCCAUCCGCGCUGUAGCUACCGUACGCGCCUCUCUAGACGACGUGAUGGACAUUUUCCUGGCUGAGAACACGGUGGACUACCGUUCUCUCAUGCAGCUGCAGCUUCGCGAGUUCUUUGCGGACGCGGCGGUGCUUUUCCACAAGGAGCAGAAUGAGUCGGAGUCGCUCAGUAUUAAGUGGACGGCUGCGAGGACCAAGAAGAGUGUGGCUAGUUUGGGUGGACAGGUAGGCGUCGACUUGUGUCUCCUGGAGUAUGCGGGUAACUCGCCCGUAGGCGUGUGUCUGUACGAAUCCAUCGAUCAGGCCGAGUGUCCGUCGCUCUACGACUCGCACAAACUCGAGCGCGCGUCGGUGUCCAAUUGCGGCUUCCUGUUCCGUCCUCACGUGGACGAAGGCGUCGUAGAAAACACUUUUGCUAUUAGUCGUCGACGGAUCUCCAAGGAGCUCACGAGACGUCGUGUGCCCACGUGGGUGAAGGACAAGGACCGCGCGUGCUGUCAUUUGUGCCUCAAGACCUUCACUAACACACGACGUAAACAUCAUUGCCGCGCGUGUGUGGAGAUUAUCUGUCGGGCGUGUUCGGUGUACAAAAGUGUGGAUUUGCAGUCGGUGGGGCUCACUACACUGCGUGUCUGCAAAGCCUGUAUGGAUGGCACGUCGUCUGCAGUUGAUCGAGACGAGGCGAACCUCAAGGCUGCUGCUGCGGUGACUGCAGCAGCAAAUGGAGCUACUGCUGACAAAAUUAACUUGCCUGAAGGUGUGGAUAAUAGUGUACUCAGAGAUGCAGUGGAAGAGUACGCGCUAGCUGUUCCAGGUGCUCAAGUGUCGAGUGCUCCAGAUCUUGUGGGCAUUGCCUGGAGCAAGUGGACAUCUACGAUACAUUGUGCAACUUGGCAGCUCAGACAUUGGCGUGCAAAUACGCUGUUGUGA